AUGGGUUUGACGACGGAGGCGAGGAGGACGACGAUGGAAUUUCCCUCUUCUCAUGUGUCCGUGCCGUUCGCGUCUCGGUCGGGAACGACCGCACCGGAAGAAGACAAUAAAAGCGAGGCGUUUUGCUCUCCGAGCGGUGUUUUGUCGACCCCGAGAAUGAAUAAAGCGGCGUCGAAAGUUUUCGUCGACGGGAUGCCGGAGAGGAUGUUGCCGAAACCGUCGCAGAUUUUUAAGACCGUCGAUGUGGUGGAGGACGGACACACGUCUUCUUCUUCUUCGAAAGGCGUGCCGGAACGCAUAGCGAGACGAGUGAAAUUCAAAAGAUGCGCGGUCGUGGGGAACGGCGGGAUAUUAAAGUCCGCGGAGUUUGGUCAGGCGAUCGACGCGCACGACGUGGUGUUCCGACAAAACCAAGCGCCGACGGCGACGUACGAACUCUUCGUCGGAGAGAAGACGACGUUUCGCGUGCUCAAUAAGAAGUGGACGCAACAGUACUCGAGAGGUGAUAAGGAGUAUUUACCGUUGGAGAAAGACGUGUAUUUGAUCGCCUCGAGAGGGAUCGAUAAGAUUGCGAGGAAUUUAGUGAAAGCGUAUCCGAGAAGACCGGACGUGCGCGUGGUCGGUUUAGAGAGCGCGGUGAGAGGCGCGGUUGGGAAACUCAUGCGAGAGUUUAAAUCGAAAGCGGAUAAGUGCUUAGCGAAAGGGUUUAAACCAAAAGGUGGGAACACGCCGAGUUCGGGGAUUAUAUCCACCGUGUUGGCGAUGAGCUUAUGCGACGAGGUGAAUUUGUACGGGUUCGGUGUGGACGAUAGAAAUGUCGGGAGAGGAUGGAGAAACCAACUCCCUUCGGCGUUGCCGCCGGAGGCGAAGUAUCAGUAUUACGUGUUGAGAGGCACGGAACGGAGUGGUGUGGACGCGGUGCAUUCCAUGGAGUUAGAACACGCCAUAUUGGACGGGUUAGUCGGAGCUGGGUACAUCAACCGGUGCGGUGCCGGGAAAGAGACGUGCGGGUUAAAUCCGAGGAAGAAAAUUGGACGGUUAGGCAAUAGGAAAGACUUGUUGAAGGCGGAAAGCAUGUUCAACGCGAGAGAAAUCAUGAUGCGAGAAAGAGCGAGCAAAGGUAAAGAGGAAAAAGAGGAGGAGGACGGUGGCGGCGAUGACGACGACGAGCACAAAGACGAUGCGGUUUCAACCACGGGCAAAGCCUUCUACGGCGAAAACUCGAACGAGAGCAAUAGCGACGAUAAGAUCGAGGAAGCUGGCGAGUUGGACGAACGUCUCUCCGACGACGAGUUGGACGAGGACGACGCGCUCACAAAAAUGAUGAACUUCGCCGCUAAAGGCAUGAAAUAUUUGUUUUCUUCGUCAUCCUCGUCCGUUCUCGACGAAGACGAUCCUCUCGCUCCUCGAUGA